AUGUACUUUAUGGAUGUAUUUACUAGUGAAGGAGAAAAGGAGGUGGUGAUAUUCAAGAGGAGGCAGGAUCCUACAUCCAUUCCUGUGGAAUGGAUUUGUUGGCUGAAUGGACAGCGUAAGAUAGCUCCGACUCCAGAGGAAAUGGUGGAGCUUGAAGCUAGGCGUGAGCGGAUUAAACUUAAUGUUGCCAGUAUGGUUAAAGAGGAAGAAGAAAAGAAAUUGAAAGGCUACAGUAUCUGGGUAAAAAGCAUGAGCGCUGGUGACGGGGUUGAGGAGACAUCGGAUAAAGCAGACAGCAUGAGGUCAACGGAGCCCACAGGAUCCGGGUGCACGUUCAAGCCGGGGACAUGGCAACCGCCGACUUGAAGCUAUUCCUCCUGGUGUUCUAAAGGUUCAAUACUGCAAUGCUCCGGGUCCUGUUCCUGCUUCUUUGCGAGAUUCACUGAUGAGAAUAGUGGUAUGGCUCAAGAUGGGCUGACUAGGCAGUUCCUAUUCGAGAGAGAACCUUCAAGACUCCAGUGUUGAGUCUUGAUUUCGGGUUUUUUCUUUUUAUGCCAAAAUUUACAUUUUGUAGGUUGUUCUCACAAUUUUGGGCAUCUUCGGGAUCAUCGAGAUUGUUGCACAUUGUGUCACACAACUGCAUUACAAGUACACCAAAAAAUAAAGAGGCCAAGUGAAGGCGUCAAGAGAUGUUUUGGGGAAAUAUUUUGUCUUUCUUCUGGAACGGAUGUUUGCUUGACAAUGUGCGAAGAUUGAGUUAAAAGCUCAAUUAGACUCGGAGUUGAAUCAUAUGUGAGCUUCAGCUUGUGCGGUUUCAUUCAAAUUCAAGGUUUGUACAAUGAUUUGUGAAGGCAUGUACCUUUCUAA